GAACAGUAGGAGCGAUCAUCGCGAGAGUUUACUGAAUAGAUUCGGUCAAAAUCCGUGCGAUAAAAGUGGAGUUUCGAUUGGGAAAACAAAAACAAAUGUGAUCGGCGUCCUUUUAAGCAAUUUAUGAAGCAAUGAGCCAGCCACCCAGAAACCAGCGUGCACAGAGAGAGAGAAAUGGAGGAGACUAUAGUGAGAAGAGAGAGAGAGAGCCCCGCAGCCGGCGGGACAGUCCUAAUGAGCGACGAUCAGAAAGUGAGAGGUCAUCCGGCCAGCCUCCGUACUACCCGAGAGGUUCUCAAAGUAAUGCGAGGAGUGCUCCUCGAGAGGAACACAGGGAGUCAAAAUGCUCUAACAUCUGUUCAAGGAGAGGUAUUGUGUUGAUAUGCGCUGUCUUGACCAAUGCAUUAGUGCUUAUCUGCGUGGUAGCUGCACAUAUGGCUCAGUUGGGCAUGUCUGCGAUGGGCAUGGGCGGAACCAGCUUUGUUGACACCAUCAUCCCCUUCGAGGGGACGGAGCUUCAGCAGGUGCGCGAUCUUGACAUGCAGUAUGGACAAAUGAGAGCACCUGGAGUCUACGGAGGUGUGGCCUUCAGCCUUACUUUUGGUGCACUUUCCCUCCUGUUUGUAGUGUCCAGCAGUAAACCCGCCCACCUGCUGCCAAGGAAGCUCCUGAUUGGGCAGUUUGCAUUCCAGAUAAUUGGCGCAGUUGCUUACGUGAUUGCGGUGGCUUUGUACCUGCACUUAGUGAUCUCCGUGAACUCAACCGAUGUGUGCAUUCGUCGUGAGCGACUUUACGCGCGUAACGGAUUUACCUGGAUGAACUGCAGUGUAAGUGGUGGGGAUGCAGCUGUCGCACUGUUUGGACUCAUAACCACAAUUUUGUAUGCUAUUGGGGCCUUUCUAACUGGCCAAACACUCAGAGAUGUCAGUCGCUACUUUAAGGAGCGUGACCGCUAUGAAAUCGAAAGAAGAGAGCAACCCAGACGUGCUCAUCCGGAUACUUAUGUCUGAGCUUUGCAGUGAAAAUAAAGACUAAUUCAAACCCUCGG